AUGGUGUUCGCCCUCGACCCGGGCCAGAUGAAGAUCGCCGAGAAGCUGGUGAUCCUCAACGACCGGGCGAUCGGCCUCCUCACCAGGGUGUAUAAUAUUAAAAAGGCGUGCGCCGAGCCCAAAUCCAAACCGGCUUUUCUUGCUGAUAAAUCUGUGGAAAGCGCUCUGAAACAUAUCGUCAAAAAGUUUCCGGUCACGGAUGCGAGGACAAAUCCGGGCGCCUACUCGAACGUCGCCGGGUUGAAGGACCAGAUCAUCGCCUCGCUCUCCCAUUACUAUUAUACAUUCGCGGAUCUGCUCGAAUUCAAGGACCACGUGUUGCAACUGUUGACGACUAUGGACGCGGCGCAGUGCCAUUUGGAUAUUGCCCUCAACUACGAGCUGACAACCGGUUACCUCAAUCUGGUUGUCAAUCUUAUCUCAGCGAUGAUUCUCCUCUCUCGAGUUGACGAUCGGAAAGCUGUUCUCGGCCUUUUCAAUGCCGCCCAUGAGUUGGCAAAUGGCCAAACCGAGGCUUCAUUCCCGAGGUUGGGUCAGAUGAUUCUGGACUAUGAGAGCCCGCUGAAGAAGUUGUCGGAGGAGUUGACGCCGUUGAAUCGACUGAUGCUCUCCGCCCUGAGCUCGAUGUCUCCAGUCUUCACAAGACGAAACAUUUCCGCAGCUUCUUGGCGAACUGCCCAAAUUCUAUCGCUUACGACAAACCCGCAGCAAAUGGUCUACGUCGCCCAGACGGAUACGAUUGCCAGCGAGUACCUGUCACUCGACGCGAUGGAGCGAUGGGUGAUUCUAACCUGUACCGUAUGCCAUGGUGCCCUGCUCAACGACCCGUUAAUCGUGCGCAUGUGGCAGUUGUCGCUGCAGGGGAGCUUGGCGAUUCGCGUUUUUAGAGAUGAGAUCCUCAUCAUCCACCCGGCCCUCCAGACUUUCUUCGAAAGCUUCAAGGGCUUAAACAAGCGAGUUCAGGAAAUCAAGGAUGCUUACGCGAUCGCUUUGGCACAAUGCGCUUCCCUGCACGGAGAUCGUCGAAAAUUCCUGCGAGGGGCCCUCCGAGAGCUCACCCUGCUGAUCCACGAUGAGCCAGGACUGCUCGGCCCUAAAAUUCUGUUUGUUUGGAUGGCGCUCAGCUUCAGCAGAGAUGAGGUUCUCUGGCUCCUCCGCCACCACGAUAUUUGGCCGUCGACGAAGAAGAAGGAUGGUAGCAAGGCCGAAAAAGCUGAAGAACUGGUCGACAAGCAGCUGCCCGAGCUGCUGCAUUACAUGGAAGAGUUGCGGGAUCUUGUCCGGAAACACGCCGGGAUUAUUCAACGAUAUUACAUGACGUACAUCGGCAACUACGACGUCGCGGCUAUUGGAGAAUUGAUGAACGGGUUAAAAGGCCUCAGCAAAGACGACAACGAGCUAAUCCAAGACUUCAUGCGCGAUAUUUCAUCCCUAAACGCUGAAGUCUCGUUCCGGGCUCUUCGCUUGGAUUGGUGCCGUUUUCAGGCCCAUGUCUCGAUUUCUCGAUCCCCGUUUCAACUCUCUGCUCAUCAACCGUUUGCCGUGGCGAUGAACACGGCCGUUUUUCACCUCAGGAUGGUCGAUUUGUUAGAGGAGACGCUGCGGGAAACAAGCGAUUUGUCGAUAUAUUGUUUCUACGUCCGUCAUCUGGAGCGCCAGUGGCGGCUGUGCAUGACGAUGCCUAACAGCUGCCGAUACUCGAUGGCCUUCGCGCGGAUCUGCUCCCAUUUCCCGUACGCCAUCCACGAGAUGUGCCCCGAGGAGAAGACGCAUAUCAUUGAGAGAAGUCUUGCCCUCGCCGACCAGAUCCUCAGCGACCUUUGCGCCACCACCGGAGGGAUUAUUGGGGAUUUAUGCGAUGAUGAGCUGAGAUUGACGGAAUUGACGACACCGAUUCAUGUAGCCCAGCAAAUCCAGAUGCAAGUUCUCAACAGCCAGCAGCAGGGUAAAAAGGCCCAAAAGUUGGUCCAAGAUUUUCCACUAGCCGGCGCGGAGAGUAAGCGACGAGACAGAUGUCAACUUUCCAUCCAGGACAAGAGGCAGACAAUUUUGGUCGAACUCGCCUCGGCCUUCACCGCUGUCCGAAACUUUACCGUUGCCGAGCACAUCUUCAGCCCGACAGAAUACCUCUUCCAGCAGCUGGAGACCAAGUUUGCGGAGAUGAUCAUUAACGCCGCCACCCAAACCCCGACCCUCCCAAGAAGACCCUCUGAGUUACUGUCGAUUCUGGACUGCUACAUGACCGUAUUGAGCAACGUCGACACGCUAGUGGCGUUCGAUGUGCAGACGCUGAUGCGCAACGUGUUGCUCCAACAAACGCAGCCGCUGGAUAGUAAAAAUCGGAAAACUGUCACCUCAAUUUACACAAAAUGGUACCUGGAAGUCGUCCUCCACCGUGCCGCCACCGGAAACCUUGUCUGGAGCGACCACCUGAAGGCGAUGAUCAGCGGCGGGGAGCAGAGCGAAUUCGCCCCCGAGCAGUACACCGAUCCAGCCGAAAUGCAAGCCCUCUGCCAACUCCUCUCGCCCUACGGAAUCAAGCACUUGACCGAGCGCCUCGUUUGGCACGUCGCCAGCCAAAUCGGCGAGCUCGAAAAGUUGAUCUGCGCCGAGCCGAAGAUUCAAGAAGGCCUCUACCAACUUGUUAUUCAAAACAAAGACCCUCGUCACUUUGACAAGACCGAAUUGAUCCGAGAAGUUGCUCACGAACUGGCAAUUGAGCCGAAGGAGAAGAAGGGUCAGUCUUCUACAACCACUGCCGCGGAUGCGAUUCUUCAGCGAACGUCGAUUAUUGGGCAGAUUUUCUCUUUCCGGGAUGCGCUACACGAUGCUUUGAAGGAAGUCCUCGCUCGUCCUCUCACCCUCAUCCUCCGCUGCUACCGCUUCAUGGACGCCGGUCUACCUGAUGAAGUCCGGGCCGGACUCUCUGAACUUGGCGAAGCCCUCGGCGAGAAGACGGUUGUGGAUAUGGCGCUUGUCAACGCAUUAAGGGCACAGUCCACCUUCCCACCCGACGAGCAUUACACGGUAUCUCGGCUUUUGAUGGCGGCAAUCGCCAUUGCUUUGCCAAGGAUUGCCGAAAAUCCGUUGAGCAUCUACAAGCCUAGCAUAAGGGCGGCAUUGAACAACUCGCAUUGUAUCCCGUUGGCAAUAGUAACGAUCGGACCGGCGUUGUUCUUCCUACAUGGCAGAGGGGACAUUGAAGUCCGGAUGAUGGAGUUUUUGGCGCUAGCCACCGCUUCAUCCCUCCGACUUGCCGAGGAUGAAGAAGCGAAAAGGCCACCUGAGCCGAUCGUCAACCCGCUUGAUCUGACAGAUGAUGAUGAGGAGGACCAGGCGAGGAGCAGAAAAGAACGAGCACGAGGGUUGGAGCGCGAUCCGAUCGCUUACCUUUCGAUUUUGUUGGAUAAGGUAGUCGUCGGCAGCUCUUCCCUCCACUACAAAGCGUUCGAUCACCUCUACCCGUAUGCCAUGUCAAGAAAUGCUUAUCUCGACGCUUAUGAGAAGGAGUUGAGCCAUAUUGAGGGC